ACAGCUAGGAGAUGCUUCUUUCGUUUCUAAUCGAUCUCAUGACUUCCUGCGGUUGUCGCCAUUUCAAAGGAUGGAAAUUGUGGUGAGGGUUCUUCCAGCCAGCCUGAUCUGCCUUUUGAGUCUGCGCACCUCUAAUCGCGAUGUGCAACACUAAUUCCUCAGCAAACUGCACCGAUCCCCCGACAGAUUUCCACACCUCCCUCUACGCAGCCACCUACACGAUCAUCUUUGUCCCUGGACUCCUAGCCAACGGUCUCGCCCUCUGGGUUUUGUGCUGCUUCGUCAGCAAGAAGAGCAAAGCCGUCAUUUUCAUGAUCAACUUGGCGGCUGCCGACUUAGCGCACGUCUUCUCUUUGCCUUUGCGCAUGUACUACUACCUCAACCAUACGUGGCCUUUUGGGAGCUUCCUCUGCCAGGUGUGCUUCUACCUCAAGUACCUCAACAUGUACGCAAGCAUCUUCUUCCUUACCUGUAUCAGCAUCCAGCGGUGCCUCUUCCUGCUCCACCCUUUCAAAGCCAAGGACUGGAAGCGCAGGUACGAUAUCGCCAUCAGCGCCGCCAUAUGGGCAGGGGUGGGGGCCGCUUGCCUGCCCCUCCCGAUUCUCAGGAGUUCUGACAUAUCCAAUGACACCAGAACCUGCUUUGCGGACCUUGGGAUGAAGCAGGUGGCAGUGGAAGCCUCGGUGGCCAUGGUGGUCGUGGCCGAAUUUGCCGGGUUUGUGGUCCCCCUGGCGCUCAUCCUUUACUGCACGUGGAAAAUGAGACAAUCCCUACAGGAGCUCCACGCACCUCUGCAACCCACCAGUGAGAAGCGGAAAGCUUUGCGCAUGAUCCUGGCGUGCGCAGCGGUGUUCUUCAUAUGCUUCACGCCCUACCAUGUCAACUUCCCCAUAUUUAUGAUGGUGAAACGGGAAGCCAUCCAGGACUGCGCUGUGCGGCACAGAGCGUUGUACUUUCACCCCAUCUCUUUGUGCCUGGCGAGUCUCAACUGCUGCCUGGAUCCGAUUCUCUAUUACUUCACAACAUCAGAGUUCCAGGAAAGGCUGCUCUGCUGCCACAAAGCCGCCAUCUUGAACCGCCUGACCAACCACAACAGCAGCAGUGCAGCCUCGUCAGGGGGGGAGAAGAGCGAAGAGGGUCAGAGGAGUCGAUACAUUUUAAUGGCCUAUUUUUGGACUCGGCAGCCACGCGGGUUUGAAAGAGACAGCAUGGAGACUCCUCUGUCUUGUUAA